AUGCGUCAAUGGACAUUAAAUACAGAAAAUAAGAGAAAAUUCAAACUUAAUUUAUGUGAAGAUUUUAUUGUUAUUGGAACAUCUCAAAGAUUAAUACGUCUAAUGAGUUUAUUAGAUAUUCAACAAAGAAUAAUUCAUCUUCAAGGUCUAAUUAUUUCAAUAACUUAUCAAAAUCAAUUAUGGAUUAUUCAUCAUUCAACACAAGGUCUUCCAAAAGAACAAGCUAUGCCAUAUGUUUAUAUUGAUAUUGAAAAUGGUAAUUAUUUAACUGGUCCAUUACCAUUAACACCAAAAACAAAAUUAAUUUGCAUUGGUGGACAAUGUUUUUAUUUGGAAAAAUCUGGUUAUUUAACUAUGCUUAGACGUACAAAAGUAAAUGAAUUUGAACCAUUAUUAAUUUGCAAUCUUAAACAAGAGGCUGAGAAAAAUAAUUUAGCAAAUUAUUGGUUAUUAGGAAUAAAUGAUUUUGAUGGAAAAUUUCAAUUACGUGUUAUUGAACUUUGUGAUCAUUCAUAUCCUGAACUUGUUCCAUGCCAGUUGUUUCUCUUUCAUUAUGUUUAUAUGAAAUAA